CUUGUUGCCUCGGCCGGCGCCGCUCCGCAGCCCUCUCUCAGAGCCGAACCCGAUACUCCCGCGCAGUUGUUGUUGGAGUAUAAGCAACAGCGGCAAGAGGCGCGGGAGGAAGGAUCGUGGAAAGGAACUCGCGGCGCAUGCGCGGCGGGGCCUAAGGCAGGCAGGAGGGUGGGGAGGAGGAGGAGGAUUGGCGGACUCGGUUUCGUGCCUCUUUCUCUCCCUCCCUCUUCAGCGGAGCCGGAAAGCGAGUGAGCGUUGAGGGAAGACCCCCUCCCUCCCCGCAACGCUCGCUGGGCCGGGCGCUUUGAGGUCCCGCGCUCGGGCGAGUUGCCGCCGGCGGCGGGAGGAGGGUCCUUGACGAGACGCUGUUGCUUUCGUUGCCGCCACCGCCUCCUCGCCGAAGCGCCGUCUCUCUCCGUCCCCGCCCGGGACUGAGUCCAUUAGCUACAAAAUGGCGGACGGGGAGCUGAAUGUGGAUAGUCUUAUCACCAGGCUGCUGGAAGUGCGAGGAUGUCGUCCAGGAAAGAUUGUGCAGAUGACAGAGGCCGAAGUUCGGGGCUUGUGUAUAAAAUCACGAGAAAUCUUUCUUAGCCAGCCCAUACUUCUGGAGCUAGAGGCACCGCUGAAGAUCUGUGGUGACAUCCACGGUCAAUAUACAGAUUUGCUUCGAUUGUUUGAGUAUGGGGGAUUUCCACCUGAAGCCAACUAUCUAUUUCUGGGGGAUUAUGUGGAUAGAGGCAAACAAUCCUUGGAAACCAUCUGCUUAUUACUUGCAUAUAAAAUCAAAUAUCCAGAGAAUUUUUUCCUCCUGAGGGGAAACCAUGAGUGUGCUAGUAUUAAUCGCAUCUAUGGAUUCUAUGAUGAAUGUAAACGGCGGUUUAAUAUCAAGCUCUGGAAGACAUUUACAGACUGUUUUAAUUGCCUGCCUAUUGCAGCCAUUGUAGAUGAGAAGAUUUUCUGCUGCCAUGGAGGACUGUCACCAGAUCUGCAAUCAAUGGAACAGAUUCGAAGAAUUAUGAGACCCACAGAUGUUCCUGACACAGGCUUGCUCUGUGACCUGCUGUGGUCUGAUCCAGACAAGGAUGUGCAGGGCUGGGGUGAAAAUGAUCGUGGUGUCUCCUUCACUUUUGGAGCUGAUGUGGUCAGCAAGUUCUUGAAUCGUCAUGAUUUGGAUUUGAUUUGUCGAGCUCAUCAGGUAGUUGAAGAUGGCUAUGAAUUCUUUGCUAAACGACAGCUGGUUACCCUGUUUUCUGCUCCUAAUUACUGUGGAGAAUUUGACAAUGCUGGUGGCAUGAUGAGUGUGGAUGAAACUUUGAUGUGCUCUUUUCAGAUUCUGAAACCAUCUGAGAAGAAAGCAAAGUACCAGUAUGGUGGACUGAACUCUGGACGUCCCGUCACUCCACCUCGCACAGCUAAUCCUCCGAAGAAGAGGUGAAGAAAGGAAUAUCAUAGAAAACCCAUCAGAUCUAUUAAGGACAAAACUCCAUAUAUACAGUAUAUAAUAAGUGUGCACUGUAAAACCAUCCAGCCAUUUGACACCCUUUAUGAUGUCACAUCUUUAACUUAAAGAGACGGGUAAAGGAUCUUUAAUAUUUUCUAGUUGACAGAUGUGCAACACUGUAUUGUAACAAGUAUACUCCAAGCUCUAAUAACCAACAUAGAGUAAAAUCAGAUCUAAACAAAUUAUUUUGGUUGCAUAUUCACAUCACAGUUUUAAAGUUGACCAACAUCCCAAUUUAAGCUUGAUGUAAUAGUUAAAUCAGAUGAGAGCAUGAUGUUUCAUUUGUGUAAUGUGGUCUUACUGUUGCUUGAUUGCUUUUAUUUCUCUUAUUUUGUAGCUAGAAUGAUGGCCAGUUUCCUGGCUGAAAAUGAUUUGUGGAAGGGAUUUUUGGGGCAGCUGCUGUUCUCCCUCUUCCCAGUAGUCUUGCUAACUAAAUGUGUGCCCCUAUAAUAGGAGUUUAAAGACACAAACCAGUCUCAAGCUCGUAACUUCAGUAAUGCUCCUUAUCCAGACAACCCAACAGUCAGUAUUUCUCAUGACAAAAAACUUAUUACUUUUUAUCUUAGAUUGCCACAGGAUGACUUUGUUCAUUGCACCAUUUUAAACUAACAUUACACUCACAAUGACACUUCAUUUAACUUAAAUAGGGCAAGAAUGGUAUUACUUAUUAGUCGAUAACUUGAUUAUGUGGUACCUUGCAUUAGAUUUUAUUAGCAUGAAACACCUUUUGGCAUGCUUAGCUUCCUGAUAAUGUCAUAUUUGCAUUAAAGUGCAUUCUGCAUAGCUCACCAAACAUGAAGAUCCUUCUCUGAUAUGCCUGGAAAAGCUAGCUCUCUUCUUCCUCUCCUCUUCCCCGCCCAACUGUGCACUCUGCCCCACCCUCCAGGAGGGUAUAUUUAAAUGGAUGUUGAUCAUUGAGCAGUAGGUUAACUAUGGCUAGUGGUGGUUGGACUGUCUAAUAUUGCCAUGUGAAUGUUCUACAUGAUUGUAAGGCUUAUGUCACUAAAGAUUUAUAUCCUCUGGAUUUUCAUGAUCAAGGUUCAUAUACUAUUGUAGAAACUUCUGCUUUGUAGUGUACUAUAGUAGCAAUAAUUUCUGCACAUGAUCAAGAGUUGAUGCAGUAUUUCUUUUCCUGUUUUCCUUAAAGGGUUCAUAUUGGCAAAUGGCAAAGUGUAAAGAAAUGUGCAAAGAUUGUAAACAGAUAAAAAUUGAAAGGCAGCGACUUGAUUGGAAAUUAAUACAAUGUUUUUUUUAUUGAACACUGUCAAAUGUGCAAAGAUUGUAAACGGAUAAAAACUGAAAGGCAGGGACUUGAUUGGAUAUUAAUACAAUGUUUUUUAUUGAACACAGUCAAAUUUAUAAGAUUACUUAGUAGGGAAGCUUCCAAUUUAAAUUAUUCUAAAUGUGCAACAAUGUAGAACUCUUUAAUAUUGUCUUUGCAAAUGUUAAAUCAAGAAUUCUAGCAACUUGCAUUUAAUGAACUGACACGUAUUAUGCAAGGGAUUUUUGGCAAAGUGAAAAGUUCUUACAUGGAUUUAAGUCUCUUUUCUAAUUCCAUUUUGUUUUAAAACACAUAUUAAAUGUAGGAUUUUUCAUUUAGUAAAGUUGUUUAAUUGAUUUGAA